UCAGCUGGUUCAGUGGAUUGCAUAGCGAAUCCUUUGUUUGCUUCCAGUGCAAUGUUUUCCUAGACCUACAGACCUAUAUUAUAAUAUCUAACGGACUAGAUAUAGACUCUACGUAGACUAAUCGGAAAAUAGGCCUAGGGGCGGGUCUCAAAAGAUUGCCUAAAACUCAGUCGAACUCUAUAAAAUAAAUUAUUAUAGAUUCAGCUAAGUGCCCCUGUCCCUGCACACCAGCCAGCCAGUCAGUCCUAUGGCCGCUCCAGGGCGAGCUUGUACUAUGCCUAUGGCAACAAGUGAUGAUCUGGGUAAGCAACUCAAUAAAGCUUCCCAGGGUGGGCAUGUGGACGAAGUGGAAAGGCUGCUGGUUAGAGGAGCUCCUGUAAGCUGGAGGGACAGUGAAGGAUGGACCGCUCUCCAUAUAGCAUGCUGGGACAAUCAACCUGAUGUAGUGAAGAUACUUACACAGCGAGAUGAUAAUGAUGUCAAUGUACAGACUGUUCGUAAGUUCACUCCCCUGCACUGGGCCUGCCUCUGGGGACACUUGAAGUGUGUCCAGUUACUGAUGGCAACUGGACAGUGUGACCUAGAAUCUGGAGACAUGUAUGGACUAACUCCACUGGGAAUGGCAGUCAGAGAGGGGCAGCUGGACACUAUCAGGUACCUAAUCACGGAGUACAACGUGGAUGUCAAUGGAGCUGUGACCAGUGAUGGACUAACUCCACUGGGAUUGGCAGUCAGAGAAGGGCACCUGGACACUAUCAAGUACUUGAUCUCACAUUGCGAAGUGGAUGUUAAUGAUAGUCUACUAAUUGCUUGUGAGUAUCGGCAUAACAAAAUUGUUGAGUAUCUUCUGAAUGACGUUGGUUGCAAUCCCAAUAUAAAAAAUGGCAAUGGACAGACACCACUCUUUUUUGCAUGGAACAAAGACGUUAUUAAACUCUUGUUAAAGAAUGGGGCUACUGCCGAAGAUGUUUAUACUAAUCAUCGCAAGGCUCUUGGUAAAGUAUUUUCAAAGAAUCCGCUAAAAAACCCAGUGAAAAUGCUUGUUAUCGGUCAUGGUGGCGAAGGAAAGAGCACUCUCAUUGAAGCAAUGGAACACGAGCCAACUGCACUCACAUCUUUAAUCAACGUAUUUGUCUCUCCUAAAGAAGUUGAUGGAGUCAGCCAGAAAACAGCCGGAAUCAUCCCUCGAUUAUUCAAAAGCCGUGUUUUUGGAGAUGUGUUGGUCUAUGACUUUGCUGGUCAAGAGGCUUACUACAGCAGUCACGCUGCCAUUAUCAAGUCAGCAGUUGAUGCAUGUCGGCCCAUUAUUGUCCUAGUCCUAGGGCUCCAUAAAGACGACUCCUUCACCACCCAUUCUGUCUCCUAUUGGUUGGGGAUCAUUGCCAAUCAGUGUGCCAAGAUGGAGGGCAAAGCCCCACUCAUUGUAGUAGGUAGCCAUGCCGAUUGCUCAACUGACAAAUUGAAGAUUUUGAAGAAAGAAGAGAUCGUUUUGCAAGCCGUUUCGAGAUAUCCCACCCUGGAUCUACUGAAAUUCAUUCCCUUGGAUACUCGCUACUCCAACUCUAGCGGCAUGAAGAUACUGCGAGACACUGUCGGCCCUACUUGUGCUCGCAUUCGAUCAAAGUUGGCUGUUUCCUUAAAUGCACACAUGUUCUUGGUUUACCUUGUUGGCAAGGAUGAGAUUGCGUUAUCACUGGAAGAAGUUCAGUACCAAAUUAAAAAAGAAUCUAAUCAAGUACUCUCUAAGAAGCAUAAAGAAGCUGUACCGUUCAUACCGACAACCAUUCCUCGUCUUAUUGAAAUAUGUGUUCAGCUCAACGACAAAGGUCACAUCCUCUUUCUACACAAUUUCAGCUCACCAGAGAAAAGCUUCAUUGUUCUCAAGAAACAAGAGCUCCUGGGUGAAAUCAAUGGCACUAUAUUUGCUCCAGAGGAUUUCGAUCAGCACUGUCAACUCUCUACAAGCACUGGUGUGGUACCUUGCUCCAAGCUGGCUGCUCAUUUGCCUAACUUGAACACUGAAUUGCUCACUGGAUUUUUAAUUGAUCUCGAAUUCGCCGUGCCCAUUGAAGACCAAGAAGUCCUUUGUCUUAUCAAUCAACAUAGAACAGACACUGGUGAGUCUGUAUUGCCCGACGAGAAAUACAUAUUCUGUCCUGCCCUAAUCCGAUUAGAAGUCGAUACGAAAGUUUUCAAUCAUCGGGACGACCUUGCAUAUCAUUUUGGUUGGGUGAUGUCAUGCUCUCACAAGGACCAAUUUUUGGACGCUCGAUUUCUCCACGUUCUUCUGCUUCGGAUAUCUCUUUCCCUAGGGCUUGCUCCAGUGAUAGAUCCUGACAACCCUUCUCUGCAACGUCAAUGCUCUGUCUGGAAGACUGGAGUUUGCUGGAGCACUGCUUAUGGUGUCAAAGUACUGGUGGAGGUCAUUGACAAGAAGAAAGUGAUCGUUUUGAUUCAAGCUCGCCAAAUGUCACUAGACUUUCUCAAGCUGCGCUCAACUCUAAUGAAGAAAGUUUUGGACACCUCUACGGAGUUAUGCUUUACUGUAGUCACUGAGGAGUCCCUCCUUCCUCCUGAUAGUGUGACGUACCCUCUGAAAGAUACACACGUCUUUGAUCUCAAGUCCCUCGCUCAAAGUGUUGUUGGUCAAGAAAUGUGCGUCAUAUCAGCUAAAGGUGUAGAGAACAUGCCAUUGAGUGACCUUCUUCAAGCUGAAGUGUACGCUGAUCUCGGUGAGAAUAUUCUACAGCUUCUGUUCAAUCCAGUACACAAGGAACUGUCUGAUCGAUUCAUCUCGGCUCUUGCAACGUGUUGGAACAAGAAUCCUCAACUGGCUAGUAUCGUACGCACAUCCAUUACUGAGAAUACCAGCGCCGCGUUUCAAGAGUGCAGUAAUCUCGAUGAUGUUCUAAACGUCUGGAAGAGCAAUGGAAGUUCAAGUGGUAAGGCACUGAGAAGAAUUCUGGAUCCACUUAGUGUGUUUGCUGGACGUAACCCUCUGGAACUGGCUGGUGUUGCUGCUAAGGAGACUAGUGACAAUCUACUUCCAGCCCCAAGAUCAACACCAAGCAUAGAUGGCGCCACAUUAACAAUGAUUGAGGAACCAUCAAGCCAUGACUUUCUCCCUGUGGUGGCUGGAGCAUCUCCAACUGUUGAGGACUGGUCAGUGAGUGAGAGGACACGAUCAGAUAAACCACACGCACUGAAGGUGUAUCGGUCCUGGGUGACAGCUGGUCUAACAGUCGCUGCCCUAAAGAAGAGGACUGGAGUGAAUGACACCCAGCUGGACACAGAGGUCAUAGAACAUGACAUUCAUAUCCUAGCCGGCUGCUUCGAUAAUCUAGAGAACUAUCUCGACCAGUUACGUUUGACUCCCGGCCAACAAACUGAUAUUUAUGACCUAGCUGUCAAACGAGACAUUCAAACUGCAAUGGCUAAGGCUUUGAAACUCUGGCGUGCCCCCAAUCCUCUUGUUGCCACUUUCCGAGCCCUGUUGAUCACCUUACUAGAUCUCAAGAGAGGAGACGUAGCUGUUAGGGUGUGUCAGUACAUUGCUGACAGAGUUCCACAACAAUACUAAUCAAUAGUACGGGUAACACAAUCACACAAUAUCCUUUCUGUGUUUGUACUCGUUUUAUUGUUUUUCUGUAUAAUUAUGUUUACCCAUUGCACGUAGAUCUACUCAUCACCGAACGAACACUAACACUAGAAACUACUAUACUAUAAAGCUAGUUUGUCUAUAAUUAUACAAUUAUGAUUUUAAUUGGCCUC